CUGUGAUAUAUCAUUAAUGUUUAGUUUGAAAUGUUCUAAUGUAUGGCUGCCAUUUUGUAAGCUAUUGCAAUAUUAUUAGUAGAUUGUGAAAAUGCAGACUGGUGGUGGAGCUAAAAAUCCGCCAUGGGCACGAUCAAAUGUGAAUACAAACAUGACCGGCAUGAAUCCACAAAUAAUGGAUCCGAAUGCCGCUAUGAUGUCACAGCAAGGUAUGAUGCCAUUCCAACAAACUCAAGCUGUAUUUAAUCCCAGUAUGAUGCAGGCACAAGGAGGCAUGGCUAUGCCAAUGCCCGGACAAAUGCCAAUGAAUCAAAUGGCACAAGGUCAGAUGUAUCCAGGUAAUGUUGUUGCCUACCCCACGCCACGAGCUAUGAAUCCUAACAUGUAUCAGAACAGUACACCGAACCAGAAUCAGCAAUCAAAUGAACAGCGGGUCUUCACGGGCACUGUAACAAAGACUCAUAACGAUUUCGGCUUUGUUGAUCACGAUGUUUUCUAUCAAACAUCGGUUUGUGCAAAAGGCGCUAUACCAAAAGUAAACGAUAGAGUACUCGUCGAAGCCACCUACAAUCCUAAUAUGCCUUUUAAAUGGAAUGCAACUCGAGUACAAGUGCUCCCAAAGGGGGGACCUAACCAAAAAAUGAACCAACCUAAGUCAAACAAUUACAACGCAGUUCCACCUCCUUCCAACAAAAAGUCAAACAUCAUAUCAAGACGAGACGAUCGUCGGGAUGAUCGUAGUUCGCGAAGAGAUGACCGGAAAAGAUCCCGGACAAGGAGUCGAUCUCGUUCACGUGAUCGUCGUGAUAGUCGUAAUAGGAGGGACUCGCCUCCUCGCAAGAGACCUGUGAUACACCAACCAUCUCCUGUCAAAUAUGUAGUCCGAGUACCGAGAAUGCCCCUCGAUAUAUCAAACCUCGAUGUCCCAACCUUAUCACAGAGGUACAGCAAUCUCUAUAUACCGUCAGAUUUCUUCAAUGCAUAUGUCAAAUGGGGGGAGACGUUCCCGCCACAGUCACCGUUUUCUUUAAACAAUCCAUGUGCAUACCAUAUAAUGAGCAAAGAUGUUCCAAAUCCCAACCCAAAUGAGGCUGUCCUGGAACCCCCCGAUGCUGAUUACAGAUUUUCAGCUAAGGUGAUGCUUAUAAGCAUGCCAUCUUUAGAGACACUCUAUCAAAAGUGUGGACUCACAAAAGUAGACGAGAAAGACAAACGGACGAGCUCAAAAACGCCACUUCAUCCAACUCGCCUUAUAAAGUUCCUCGUGGGGCAGAAGGGUAAAGGGGGGGAGAACUUCGCUAUAGGCGGGCCGUGGAGCCCCUCGCUAGACGGAGAACAUCCGGAGACAGACCCCGGCGUGCUGGUGAAGACGGCUAUCAGAACAUGCAAGGCUCUGACCGGCGUAGACUUGUCGAACUGCACCCAGUGGUACCGCGUGGUGGAGUUUUACUACUGGCGGGAGGGCGGCGGCAGGUCGCGACUCGAGUGUGUGGUGUUGUUCCUGCCGGACGUGUGGUCGGCUCGGCCGUCGCGCGUCGAGUGGACCACGGUGCAGGACCAGUAUAAGGCGGCCCGCGACGCGGCGCUGCGCCGGCUCCUCGGCGGGGAGUCCCCGCGCCGCUCCGACGACUCGCCGGACCGAUCACCAAUUGAAAAUUUGGAUGCGAACGCUAGCACUAUAACUAUAGACGAGAAUGAUGACGAUGACGACUGUAAGCCCGAAGCCACGCAUUACUCCAACAUUGAUCUGAGGACCAUAAAGGUUGACCAACUGCGACAGGAAUUACGGGCGCGGAAUGUCAGCUGUAAAGGGCUCCGAUCACAGUUAGUUUCACGACUAUCAAAACUAAUAAAGGCUGAAGAAGAGAAAGAUACUAAGAACGAGGAUGUCAUGGAAGUGGUGGACGAUGAACAGGAGGACAAGAAAGACACUACAGACACGGUCGAGAUUACAGAUGACACGACUAAUGAUAAAGAGAAGCCAGUUGAAGAUAAAAUAGAGAAAAACGAUGCCAAUGACUCAAAACCAAAUGAUAAAAGUAAAGACGGCGAGAGCAAAGAGAGUGACGGCGUGAGCGAGGAGAGAAAGGACAGACCGAAAACGGAGAAGGAGAUUGAAGAGGAGAAGAAAAGAUUGGAGCGCGAGCGGCAGUCGCUGAUGACGCGCUACGAGUUGCCGGCGUCUCCGCAUGUGGUGGUGCACGCGUCGGGCUCGGCGCGCGCGGGCCGCUUCGCGUGCAGCGUGGCCUCACUGUCACUGUUGUUGGACUACAGAGUCACGGACAACAAGGAACACAGCUUUGAGUUGUUCGUGUUCGCGGAGCUCUUUAAUGAGAUGUUAAUGCGCGAUUUCGGUUUCUACGUGUACAAAACUCUGUACACGUUACCGGAGAAGGCUGAGGAAGCUAAAGACAAAGACAGAGAUAAAGAUAAAAGUGUAGAAAAGACUGACAAGAAAGAAGAAAAGAAGACGGAGCCGGAGAAGAAAGAUGACAAGAAAGAAGAUAAGAAAGAUGACAAACGUGAUGCACGACGCAGUCACAAGAAGGAAUGUAUGAGCGAUGAAGAGCGCGGUUGGUCUCCUCGCUACCGCGGCGGCCGGGGGGUGGAGCUUCCCCCCGACCCGUACCUACUCCUGUCCCUGGCUUACUUCGACACCGCCCGCGCCGGCGUCAUCUCCAAGAAAGACCUCCAGAGCCUGUUUGUGAGCCUGGGACUACAGCUGUCACGAUCACAGAUCAGGACCGUACUAGAUAAAGUCUGCAUCAGAGAUAACUUCAGCUACAAAACUCUCAUCCAAGCCAUCAAAGACCUGGCCUCCGGAGCGCCUGAAGCCAUACAGGACUUACCUCUGGACAGUACUAUUGACAGCAACGAAGUUCCACCACACAUCGCAGAACUCGAAGCGACCAUAGCGGCCGGCAACAGGGAACUGCUGCCCAUGUUCAACAGAGACGGCGGCGCGGGCGGCGGCGGCACCAGGGACGUGUCCGACAACGGUAUGGUGCUGUACAAGGGUCGUGUGGUGGACGUGGGCGCGCUAGUCAGCGCGGGCGCGCGGUGGGCGGGGACGCGCGCCCGCCUGGAGGCCGCGCUCGCCAACGUCACUUCGCAGCUGCGGGCGGCCCGGGCGGCCAGUGCGGCCACGCAGCGCGCAGAGAGAGGCGCGCAGGCGCAGCUCGCUGACCUCGUGGCCACACUCGCCGCCGCACGCGCCAGGAUCACUUCACUCACGGCGAGUUCUAAAAUCUUCCAUUCGGCGUUGAAGAGUAUACAGACCAAGGUGGAGGCGGUGGUUAACAUCAAGUAUGAGGACGAUGACGUCGUGGAGGUCGUGAACGGGCCCUCCAAAGAGGAGAAUGUUACAAAGGAAGAUAAGUCUGAACCUGGAACAGAGGAAAGGAAGGAAAACAAAAGUGAUGUUAAAAACGAGGAACUCAUUAAGAUAGAUGACGCGAGAGACGCCAAGGACUGCGACGCGGCCGACAACAUGGACAUAGACAGGGAGUAGCCGAGUGCGGCGCGCGCUCAGCCGUUAGUAUACAGACACCGGAGUGCAUUUCAAUUCCCACAGACGGUCGCGUUGAGGUGACCAUGGAAAGUGUUAGGACAGUGUGAACGGACCCUGCGCCACUUGUGUAUGUACGUGUAUCAGUUACGAGUACUGGUCGAGUGCAUUUUCGAGAUUCCUCGAAUCAGAUGCCGGAGAAGUGUUUGUAUGGGCGUGUGAUAUAAAACUACUAGUUUUUAAGGAUCGGCAAUAAAUGUACGUUGUCACA